AGUCAGUAGACAAUGCUGGCUGCUGGCUGACGGAGUGUACUGUGGCCCCGUUGAUUUCACUCUCAGCAAUGACUCCAAGAAGACCAUAGCAGAGUACCAGGAUGGCCAAGGAAAUCCAUCUCAAAUACCCAGAGAUCCUCCAUGCCGCUUACCCCUUCUUCCUCUCCCUCAAGUUUGUGGGUGCUGGUGGCUCUCUCCUGGAUUGGAGCAGUUUUCGUGGAUCUAUUUACCUGAGAACAACUUGUCAACAAUUCCUGUGGAUGUCGUCAUCAGCAAGGUCAGUGUUAGAUACCAACUUGCUGCUCAGGUGUCUGUUGUACCUGCUGGUUGGCAUCUCCACUUUGUCUCUCCUGGGACAGGCUUGUGUCACCCUGACCUUACCUCUACCUAUACAUCUACCACUGCACUACAUUUGGAAUCUGGUUGAGUACAUGUACUCAGACCCAAGCCUGAUGUGCUUGGUGGUGUAUCCUGAAAAUUUGGAGAUCCAGGAGAACUCUGUCACCAAGGACGUGCAAAUGAAUGUCAUUGGGUGGCUGAUGGCAGCUCCUCAAGUGAACCCAGAGAUCACUGGGCUAAAGUACAGCAAGAUGAGUGCCUUGGAGAAGCUGUGCCUUGAGUUGAAGGCUGCAGUCACCAUCAGAAAAGAGCAAAGCUGCAACAAGUCAUCCAAGUACUUUGUCAAGAAGGUUUAUGUUGAAGGCAACCUCCUGCACUGCUCUCAGGAGAACAGUGGGACUCAUGACCGCCUCCAAGACCCACAGAGGAUUGGAAGGCAUAAAUUCAAUCUUGGAUAACUAGACAUUUAAAACUGGUGACUCCACUUGUCAGAUUGUAGGUGGGAAAGUUUUAGGGUUGAUUGAUGGGAACAUUGUUGAUCUAAAUUUUUUUUUUGGUAAAGUACUGUAAAUCACUUGCAUGUGAAGUUUCAAAUGGAUGAAAUAGCAUGAAUGGUAUUGUAGUUGAAUUGUUCUUUGUAGCUGGAAAAAAAAAUUAGGGUCAAUUGAUGGGAAAACUAUUGUUCAAAAUCCUUUUAUUGUAAACUAGAUCAUGUACAUAGUUGUGAAAUUUUUUUUGGAAAUGAAAUAGCAUGAAUGAUGAUGAUGUUUGUGUUGUACUAUGGGUAAACCAUUGGAAAAAAUGUAGUAGUUAUGAACAAAAUUGGAUUAACUAAACAUCACUGAGGUUUGUAGUUGUGAAAUUUUGGUGUAAAUUAAUGUAAACAAUGAAAUACUUAAUCAUUAAAGUUUUAAUCUUAUAUUAGGAGUCAUUGGAAAUUAGCUAAAAUAAACACCCUUAUAUCAUCUUAACCAUAUAAUGACUAACCAACUUUCCUCUCAAAUCAUAGCAUAGUUUUAACACAAGUAAACAGUGCACAGCUUUGCCAAAUGUUGUCAUAAAUCUGUGUUGGAAAUAUAGUCUUCAUCAAGCAUUA